AGAUCCAACAGCCCGUGGUUAAAGCUCAGGUUCAGUUGUACUAAUAUCGGGCAUUGUAGAUGCCUGAGUCUUGACAAAGCAUACAUUUUUUUCUUCUUUAAUUAUCGUGUCUAGUAAAAAUACUGAUAAAUUUUUUUAUUAAGUUCUGUGAGACGAAGAGACUUGGUGUGAAAGAUAAAUAAUUGGACUAAAAAAUUGGGGAAAAUGAAGAUUAGUACUUUAUCAUUGUUGUGGACAUCGACUUUGUGCACAGUUCUAGUCUACACCCAGAUGCUUCCAGACGAAACCAACGACGUUGUGGAAGGAGAAAACAUUCGGCUUCCAUGUAGGUUUAACCCAUCUUUUGCUACUCGUAGUAUCCAGUAUUACUGGAAGCACAGUAACAGAAACGGUACAGACGUUGUUGCCAUCAAAGAAGUGUCUUUCAAUGCAGAGCACUACAGUGUUGAAUUCGUGCCUCAGGAAGGAAGAUACGAUCUGGUCAUUACUCGUGCCGAAUAUGAAAUGGAUAACGGAAAAUUCGAGUGCAAACUGAAAGAGGGAGGAAGUGGAAAUGAUAUCUUUGUCCAAGCUUUCCUUGUCACCGUUCUCAUUCCUCCAGGUCCCCCAGUUGUGAUGCCUAACAACCCUACCGCCCGAGAAGAGGAACCAUUUGAUUUAACCUGUUCCAGCCAAGGUGGAUCUCCUGACCCUGUGAUUCAGUGGUAUCGUCAGGGUAUUCUUGUACAUGGACAAGUUACAAACAGCGAGUCACGGGAUAAACCUACAACAAACGUACUGACCAUUAAUCCUGGAAUGGACGAUGAUGGCGCCACUUACCGGUGUACUGUGUGGAAUCGGGCAAUCCGAGAGGAACAAAGGAUGAUGGCUACGGUCAAACUUACUGUUCACUACGCACCACGAGUAACUGUAGGGCUUUAUAAUCCCCUGAAUGUUUUAACGGAUCAAGAUGCACAUUUGAUGUGUUCUGCUGUUGCCAACCCUCCCGUUCGGUCUAUCAGGUGGAUGAAAGACGGUCAACUGUUGUCAACUUCUCCAAACCACACCAUUCCAGCUGUUACACACGAAGAUAGCGGACAGUACGUUUGCAGCGUUGACAAUGGUUUCGGCUUGACCAGUGAAGCUAAGCUGGAACUCUCAGUGCUUUAUGGACCUAAAGUCACAGUUGAGCCUUUACGAGAAGUAAUAUUGGGAGAAUCGUUGACGGUUACUUGUAAGGUUGACUCGAAUCCCACUCCUCAUUCUAUACAGUGGCUAAAAGUGGAUGACGCUUUCUUCAGACAAACUGGCGACAUCUUGCGGCUAAAUAGAGUUACAAUUCACGACACGGGAAAAUAUGCUUGUAAAGCAACUAACAUGCUAAGACCAUCCGGAUCCAUUACACAGAAAGAAAUGUCUGGCAGUGGUAUUGUCCAAAUUGUAAUCAAGCACAAACCUGGUGUUGCAACAAUCUUCCCGGUUAAUCCCGUGGCCACAUCUGGUACACCCUUCACUCUCUCUUGUGUUGCUAAUCCAGAAGGUUGGCCUCAGCCUGAAUUUCGAUGGUGGCGAGCAGGACAAGAAAACGUAGUUCUAGGGAGAACUGUUAAUUAUACAAUCCUACCCGUUCAUAUCAGCCAUGAAGGAGAAUAUUUCUGUCAAGCUGAAAACAGUUUGGGUCGUGGAGUCCCAUCUUCAGUAUACCUGACAGUGCAAGAACCACCGUCAGUCCUGCUUUCUUUACGCCCGCAAGUUGUCAAGGAAGAUGGUGACGAAGGUUUCAGUAUUACAUGUAAAGCUCGAGGUAAACCAAAACCGCUUGUCAGAUGGCUUCGAAACGGAAAAGAAAUUACUGACAACAGUGAAUUUUUCCGCGUCGACACGACAAGUCAUCUUGAAGACAAUGAUGCAUUUUCUGUGCAGAGUACACUCUACUUUGAUGGUCCACAGAAAAGGGAUACUUCUCUUUCACCCUCUGAUAGAGGGCGCUAUAGCUGUGUGUUUGAAAAUGGUGUUGGAGAACCAGCGAGAUCGGAAAUGAAUUUAAGAAUUAAACAUUCACCUAUUGUCCGUCACACAUACAACAGAGUUGCGUUUGAUGUUAGCGAGACAGCUAUUCUACAGUGUAAAAUGCAGGCUUACCCAUUACCUAGUUUUGAAUGGUUCUAUAAAGGAAGAAUUGUGGAUAAUUAUGGUAGCUACUCUACUAAUGUCACAGAUCUCGGAGAUGACGUCUACGUUGGAAUUCUCUCGAUUAAAGACAUCAGGACAUCUGACUUUGGAGACUACACAUGUCGAGCGUGGAAUCAAGUUGGAGAUGACGAAAAAACAAUUAUAAAACUAGUAACAAAGAGUGCUCCAGAUAGACCUUCUAUGUUAGAUGUUGUGGACAUAAGCUUCGACAGAGUCACUUUGCAAUGGUCUGAAGGAUUUAAUGGAGGAUUUUCCAACACAGAGUUUCUUGUCAACUACAUAAAUCUCGAAACCAUGCAGACAAAAAAUGAGUCAUGUCGAAGUCACAAUCCUUGUCAAAUCACAGGCUUACAGUCAAAGACAGAAUAUAAUUUCAAAGUUAUGGCAGUAAACCCACGUGGAUACAGUUCUUACUCUGAUGAAAUUUCAGUUACUACUAAAGUUAACAUAAAAGAUAUGCCUCGUGCAACUGAUGCUCAAUUCAACAGGGAGACUUACUCACUCUCUUUCAUUGUGGAUUCUAAAAUGCUUAAACUGGUUGCAAAGGUUGAAGCUAGAGUUAAAGAAACAGAUAAGUGGCAACAACAAGCAUUACUUGAAGUUGAGCAGAAGAAUACAGUUGUUUACCUAAAACCACCACAAGAAGGCUUUAGUGAUGUUAGAGUUAUUUUAUGCCUGCAGAGUAAUGAAUCUUGGUGUGGUGAUGAGAAGUUAGCAGAGCCUUUCAUUGAAGGAACUGCACAAGCCAUUGGUAACAGCCCACCUCUCUCAACUAGAAAUAUUAUUAUAAUUGUUGCUGUUUCUGCCAGCAUUUUCAUCCUUGUAGCAAUAAUCAUAAUUGUUUUUUGCUGUUGCUCAAAGAAAAUAGCUAAAUCAGUGCAGAAAAAUAAUAAGAUGGAAACAGGAAGUGCAAGAUCACCAACAAUCUCACAACCAUACUACACAGAAGGUCUUAGCAAACUUCCUGACACUGGGUUUGAUGAUCUUAAUAAACCACCUGUGUAUACACCUACUUUACCAGCUGGUCAUGUUAGUAAUAAUGGACUUCUCAGUAACCAAUUUCAUAGUGGACCUCCUUCAAGUCAUGAUGUGAUGUAUAUACCAGAUCAAGAAAUAUCUCCUAAUGACAGUCAGUCAGACCUUUGGCUCAAAUCUGGAGGUGAGAUACCACCAGAGGUUGCUUUUCAACAGUAUGAUGGUGGUUUAUCAAAUGGGUAUUUUUACCCUGAAGAUUAUCAUCCAUUAGGUGAAGAUAUGAUGAAUAUGAGAAAUAGAGAAUAUAUGCAUUCCCCAUACCAUGAAGUUAAUGGUCUUCCAAAUCCUUAUGCUCUGACUGAUGAAGACAAAAUCCCACAGAUACCGCUACAUUAUGCUGAAAGCCAUGAAAGUGGUUAUUCCACACCUACAUCCAAAAAUCACAGAGUUGUACGUGAAAUAAUUGUAUGAAAAUGAAACAUGUCCUUGUUCCUUGGCCAAAGAUUGAAAAAUGUGAAGCCAUUUACCCAGACCAUGCAUAGGAAAAGUUUCAUUCUUAAGACCAUGAAUAAUGAAAUACAUAAAGCCUGAGCAAGAAAAAUAUAAAACAAAAACUAUGUUUUUAAUACAGAUUUUAGUCAUCAAAAUGUGUUUUUCACAAGAUAGUAAGGAAAGAAAAAAAUGUAUUCUCUAAAUACUUCCUGUAGUGGAGAUUUAAAUGUGCAGUGUCCUAAAUGUAAAAUAGUGUGGUGCAUGUCUGACUACAAACAGAAUUAUUUAUGGCUUUACUUAUGGCAGGAAUGAUAAAGGGAAAUUAUACUUUCCAAACAGUCACUGUUAGUCAAACUUUUACUACUUGUUAUAAACAAUUGAUCUCUGAUUGGGACUCAAAGGAUUAAAAUAUUUUGCAUGAAUGGAGACACAAAAACAUAGGCGUUUUUAUAUUUUUUUGUGUGAGAGUGUAGCAAAAUAGAAAGUAAGUACAACAUAAUCAAAGAUGUGAUGAUACUUCAAAGAGUUUGACAUUACUUGAGAGCAUUUGCCUAACUCUGAAUCACAUAAAAAACGUUGUUGUAUCAAAUAUACGAAAGGUAGCGAUUAGAACUAAUAUUAGAUUUUAGGUUCAUUGCAGAUUAUGAACUUUGUGUGUGCACUCCGAGUUUCAUUUCCCAGUGUGUGUGUGUGAACUGUAAAUAGGAAUUGUAUAGAAUCAUGUCAGAAGACUUAAAAAGUGGGAAUAUCAGAUGUGAUUUGUUGAGCUUUCUUAGGGACUUGGCCAGAAGAGUUUUGCUAAUAGUAGAAAACAGACAACACUCCUCCAGGCAUAUAAUACAUGCUAACUAUUUUUGGUUGUAGUUUGUAACCAGUUCGAAGUGAUGUCAACAAUAUUCCAUCAAAUUUGGCCAAAAGUUGAACUGUAUCAUUUAUGAUAAAUAUAUAUAUAUAAUCAGAUUGCUUCUUGAAAACAGGAUGAUUUUACAGUCCAUCCUAAUAAAAUUGAUAACUAUAUUUUAGGGAUAUUAUUCAAAAUUCGUUAUUGACAUUUAUGUUUGCUUUGAAAUGUUUUUUUUUUUCUCCAAUUACCAGUAAUGUAGAGUAUUGGACAAUUAUAUAUUUACUCUUAUAGAUGUGAAUACUUUCAUACUUGUUAAUUUUAUUCUUUAGAACAUUAUUUUGAUGUUAAAUAACAAUAACUUUUCUAGAGGAGUUGCACAAAACCAUAGAAAUUGCUGCAAUCUUUACACUAGUUCAUAUCCACUAUUAAUUAAACCCCCAGUUGUCAGUGGCGUUUUUUAUCAUGUAUAUUCUUUAAGUAAGUAAAUAGUUCUUUGAUGUCUGAACCAAGACAUCUUCUUUUAUUUUUGGGGCUGCUGAUUUAUUCAAAGUAAAUCUUAAAGUAAAAUUAAAGUUGAAAUAUAGUCAUCACCAAGUUUUCAGAGCCCACGUAAUGAUAUUCAUCGUUUCGAUGCUGUAAAAAUAAAGGUUAGACAGUUUACUACCAUGUCAAAUCAUGAUUCAACCCCAGUAUGAAAAGAAACUUAUGUCUUUUAUUUAUUUACUGAUAAAAACGACUUGCUUCUUCCAGUGUACAGUAUCAUUAGUCAUUGUUUUAGUGGUCAUUUUAUACAUAUAUGAAAACGCCUUUUUAACACAAUGUAAGUGCCCCGUCAAAACUACACAUUGCUGUAAAGAUUGCUUAUUGCAUUGAUGAAUUAAUUUAGUUUAAUGCCUUGAUUCGUUGAUAAAGAUGCGUUGUUUCGAUACUAAAUAUAAGUUCAUAGUUGUUUCCUAUAAACCGUUUAAGUUCUGAAUUUUAACAUUAAAUCUACUUAAGAAACAUAGGCAUUUUAAUUUUACUAUGUGUAUUUUUAAGACUCUCCUAUUAGUUCAUUAUUAUUUUUUACUGAGUUUAAUCUCACGCUUCAGCUUUCAUUUUUCUAUUUACUUGCAUUUUAAUGCAUAUACGUUAUAUUCAUUGAAGUAUUCUGAAAAAGAGUGUAAUUUUGAAGGAUACUGUGAACGAUCUUUCUAUUUUCACGGCAUCUAUAACUUUUAAGUAAAAUGCUACCGUAUAUAUAUUUACCUGUAUUCUGUUUUCUUAUUUACGUGUUCUACUUCGAGUUACUGUGCCUUUUCAAAGAACCAACGGUUUUUAAAUAUUAAAACUCAACAUAUUUUGAAAGAAAU